AUGGCCAGCACACUUGACAGACCGCUCCCAUCGCGGGGCAAGCCAUCCGCCUUCCACCUCUCUUCAGACUCCUCCGACGCCGACGCCGAUGACGACGCGCCGCUGCCCUUCCCCGAGGCUCUCCCUCGCUCCGACUUCAUCACACCCGAGUUCGACCCCGCUGCGUACCUCUCCGCGCUGCCGCACCGCCACCAGACGCUCGAGGACCUGCGCGCCGACCUGCGCGACCGCAGCGCCGCCAUCAGCAACGAGCUGCUCGAGCUUGUCAACGCCAACUCGACGACGUUUCUGUCCCUCGGCACCGACCUCCGCGGCGGCGACGACAAGGUCGAGGACGUCCGCGUCGCGCUGCUGGGCUUCCGCCGCGCCGUCGAGGACGUCAAGGCCAAGGUGGUGACGCGCCGCGCCGAGACGGACGAGCUCACGACGGAGCUUCGCGGCGUGCGCAGGGACGUUGAGCUCGGGCGGACCAUGGUCGAGGUCACGGAGCGCCUGGCGUCGCUGGAGGAGAGGCUCGCGCUCAGCAGUGCACCGCCCAAGCCGACGGACGGAGAGGAGCAGGCCGACGACGAGGACGACGAGGACAGCGUGGAAGAGGACGAGGACGAAGACGAGCAAAUGCAAGGACUGGUGGGGAGUACACCGGCUGCGCUGAUGAUGCUGGCGCGGGACUAUAACGCUGCCGAGGCGCUACUGCGGUCGCUUCCAGUGCUGGCCUUUAUAGCAAAGAUGGAGGCGCGCCUGGUCAAGUGCCGGAAAACGUUGCUACUGGACCUUAACACUGCGGUAAAGGAGAGUCGGAGAGCGGGUGCGUCGGCACAGGACAGAGUGCUGAAAUAUCUCGCUAUAUAUAGAAUAUUGGGUGCUCAGGACGAGGCCGUCACGGCCCUCAAAACGAAGUAG